AUGGCCACGCCGCCGCCGCCCCCCGCGCCCCAGCGGCCCGAGGCGCCCGGCGGCCCCCGCGCGCGGCCCCCCGCGACGUUGCCCCCCGCGGGCGCCGCGCUGCGCUUCCUGGACGGCUGCGUGCCCCUGUCGCACCAGGUGGCCGGGCACAUGUACGGCAAGGACCGAGUCGGUAUACUACAACAUCCUGAUGGCACGGUUUUGAAACAAUUACAGCCUCCUCCAAGGGGGCCGAGAGAGCUGGAAUUCUAUAAUAUGGUCUAUGCUGCUGAUUGUAGUGAUGGUGUUCUUUUAGAGCUCCGAAAAUAUUUGCCAAGGUAUUAUGGCACCUGGUCGCCUCCCACUGCACCGAAUGAUUUAUACCUUAAACUGGAAGAUGUGACCCAUAAAUUUAAUAAACCCUGUAUAAUGGAUGUAAAGAUAGGGCGAAAAAGUUAUGAUCCUUUUGCCUCAUCUGAGAAGAUUCAGCAACAGGUCAGCAAGUACCCAUUAAUGGAAGAGAUUGGGUUCUUGGUGCUUGGCAUGAGGGUGUAUCACGUUCAUUCUGAUAGCUAUGAGGCAAAAAACCAGCACUAUGGGAGGAGUUUAACAAAAGAAACGCUAAAGGAUGGAGUCUCCAGGUUUUUUCAUAAUGGAUACUGUUUAAGAAGAGAUGCUGUUGCUGCCAGUAUUCGGAAGAUUGAGAACAUUCUGAAGUGGUUUGAAAGCCAGAAGCAGCUUAAUUUUUAUGCAAGUUCAUUACUCUUUGUAUAUGAAGGUUCAUCUCAGCCACCUACUACAAAAAUGAAUGAAAGAACUUUGGCGGAAAAGAUUUUGUCCAAAGGACAACUCUCAGACAUUGAUGUACGAGAGUACAAUAAUAACUUUCACGUGUUAGGUUCCACAGCAAAUGGAAAAAUAGAGGCUACAGUCGGCAAAAACUUGUCCAAAAUGUAUGCUCGUCACAGAAAAAUGUAUCCAAAAAAGCAUCACAGUCAAACGUCAUUGAAGGUUGAAAGCAUUGAGCAAGACAAUGGGUGGAAAAGCAUGUCACAGGAACAUUUAAACGGAAAUGUGCUCUCCCAACUGGAAAAAGUUUUCUACCAUCUUCCCAGUGGUUGCCAAGAGAUUGGAGAUGUAGAAGUGCGAAUGAUAGAUUUUGCUCAUGUGUUCCCUAGCAACACGAUAGAUGAGGGGUAUGUUUAUGGGCUAAAGCAUUUAAUCACCGUACUGCAAAGUAUUUUAGACAAUUGAAUGCUUUACUGCAGUCAGGGCAAUCAUAAUGAGAAACAGGAGGUAAUAUCUCUGCACUUGUAAUGCUAUGUAAAAAUUUGUAUUGUGAGUCUGUAGUUUAUUUGUCUUUAUACUUUUGGUAGGAGGGUUAACUUUUUUAUAAUCUUACUCAGGAAAACUAAUUACUUGUUCAUUAGAAUACUAUGAAGAGUAAAGAAACUUAGAAAGGUUGAGCAGGGAUUGUGGUGGUACAUGGCUUAAACAUGUAUUUUGGCUCAAACAAAAUGCAGACCAUUGAGUUAUUAAGAGUUUCAUUUUCUGUAGCCAAUUUAUUGUGAUAUUUCUGUCCACCAACCUUAACAGUGAGGUAUAUCUAUAAUCAUUACAUUAUUAGAACACUUUCAAAAAUCUAGAAAGCACAGGUAUUGCUAUGUCUGAAAUGGCUAAACCUGGAGAAAAUUCGCUCCAGGAAAAGAUACCAUUUAGAUUUUAUAUUAAAAGUUCAAACCAGCAUAUUAGAAGGUGCUUCUUAGUAAAAUGAUCUAGAAUCACUGCAUUCCAAGAAUAGAUUUCCCUUACGUUUCCAUUUAUAAGCAAGCAUAUUACAAAAUUAAAUUUCAUGUAAAAUGGGUACAACAACAAAAGUCUUGAAAUUAGUGUCACUAUUCCUGCCAGGGUUAAAAAGAGAGCAUAAUUGUAAGGAACAAACUCGUUUUUUCUUUAUAUUCUUUCAUUUGGAAGGAAAUCAGUAUAUGUAGUAUCUUAUGAGAAGUAUUAUAAACUGUACUUUUACUAACUGCUGCUUCAAAAAGGUGGAUGAUUGAAGUUUUGUCUUAUUUCUUAAGGAUCUUCUGAAGGUUUUUUCCUUUAAAAUUUUAUUUGUUUAUAUGUCCCAUUUAGCUAAGCAGUAGUAUAAAUAUAUGUUGCCAAAAUAAUGUUUCUCAAAAUUCUAGUAUGCAGUAAAGGACAAUAUUCAUAAUUGCAUUAUCAAAAAUGCUUUGUUUAAAUUAUCGCAUCAUUAGUUUGAUGAUCUAAAUUUGCUUCUUUUUCACUCAGACUCUGAAGCAGUUUAUGUCUUAUUUCAAGAAAGAAAUUAUAAUUUCUUAGAGGGGAGAGUAAUGCUGUUUUUGAAAAGAAUUAGAUUCUUUGGAUUACCUACAUUUCAAAUUCACUAUUUUUUUUAAUAAAAAAACUGGUAAUUUUUUUCCAGAAACAUUUCAAACUUUGAUUUAAAUUUGCAAAUAUUUUGGUGCUUGAUUGAUCACUUGCACUUUGAUUCACUUAAUAAUACAUCAAAUUAGAGAUAAGUUUUACCCUGUUCCUAGAAAAUUAUGAAGUAUUAGACUGCCAUCCUCUUUUUUUUUUUUACCCUAAAAUUGCAAAUAAAACUUUUGAAUUAAGCACUUUGUUGUUAUGGAGGAAAGCAUGACAGUUUUUUUCUUCUCACCUUUCCAACCCUUGUCUGGGGCACUUAGUGAAUUUCCUGAACACCAAGUACCAAAUGGCUUAAUCCUAUGCUUAGUCGAUCUGUUAAACCGGAAAAUAUAUUAUAUGUAUCUUGUUGCAGAAUUUAGCAAAGUUUUGUUUAUUACUUUAUUGACUGUUUUCUAUUGGGUCUUCAUAUUUUUCUCUACUGCCAAGUUAUUGUAGCUUUUUUCUGGGACAUAUUUUGACUCAUUAAUGGUUGUGUUUUUCAGUUUUUAUUUUUCUUCUACAAUAUAGACUUCUGUUGUUGUUAUUUGAAUGGUGGUUCAACAAGUCUUAAACUCAAAUAAUUAAACACUUUAAUCUUAACUAUAAAAGAGCCUUUUUUUGUAUGGGAUGGUAACAGCUAUGUCCAUCAAAUUUAAUAAAAGUAUUACCAGAUAUUUUGCACAUUUUAGCCCAAUAAAGUCUGAAUCAACUGUUCCAGAUUUUUUUAAUCCAUAUUUGGAAAAAGGGUUUGUAAAAUCAGUGUCUUACCUUUUUACAGGAGGUUAUGUUUUAUUGUAAUGAAACAAGCGCUUUGAUCUUUUGAUUUUCAGGGAUGGGAUUAACAUUUAUUCUGUUUGUUUACAUUUUUAUCACUGUUGUCCAAUGUCAUUUUAUGUUUCAUAUGGUCAUUUUACUAUCUAGUCCAGUGAUUUAACAUUAUGCUGAAAUUUACCAAUGUGGGGAUGAACGAUCACUAUUCAUGACGCAUAUAUAAACAUGUAAAUGUUUACAUCAUAAGGAAGCAUAGUUUGGGUUCAAAGGAUUAUCACAGUUUCCCCUCUCCCUGUAGGAACUGUAAUGGUUUUAGGGUAUUUCUUAGGGAACACAUUCAUGAACAGAAAAUUGUGUCUAGUAACUAAUACAUUUCUGAAUAAAAAUUUAAAUUGUAAAAUAGUUUUAUAAUAAAUAUUUACAUUAAUUGAUAUUUUAAUAUGGAUAAAGGUUGCAUAGAUUCAAAUAAAUUAAAAAUUGAUAAAUGCUAAGUAUUUUAUCUAAGUAGUUUUUCAAGAAACAGUUGUGAGAAUACAUAUGAAAUGACUCUACCGUGGAGCUCUUAUUUUCAACUCAGUCUUCAUUAUUGGUUGUUUUAUGUGUCUGAAGAGACUGCUGUGUUUCUCUACACUACAGUUUGCUGUUGUGGGGCUUUAGAUUGUACUCCGCCAGACAAGAACUUGUUCUGAAAUUUGAUUGAGUAUAUUUGCUAUGGUAUGAUUUUCAAGAUGAUGUUUAAUUUCAUCUCUAUAGCGACUGUGUAUCAACAUUAUGACGGUCAAGAGAUUGAUGUCCAGAGAUGGUCCAGAUGUAAUUUUGUUUCACUCAACCAGAGGACAGUUGUUCCUAGGGUUCUGGAUAUUGCAGAAAAUGGUAGAGCAGUGGAAGAUUUUUUUCUUUGUGAAAUGACAGUUUUAUCCACUAUCUUAAACAUUGUCUUGAUUGUAGUGCCAUUUUUCUCUUAACUGUUUGGGAAAACGUACUUUGCUUUCAAAGUUGUUUACACUGCCUCAUAUUUAUCUUCCUCACCCAGUGCCUUUAACUAUGAUUUGGUAUGUUUGUAACCUUCUUUAUCCGCCUCUUACAUUCUAUCUUGUUUUCACAUACUGGAUUUCCUUUAAAAAUUGUUCAUUCGGUCAUGUGAAGAGGUGGCAGUUGUCUGUUCAUGCUUUGGAAAAGGGAGUAGAGUUGCCUGCGGAGACAAGGCCUCCUCGUGUAUUCAGAAAUAAUUACUGGAUAUGUUUACCACAUGCCGUUUUCAGUCCCUGGAUAUACAGUUGUAACCAGACAAGUCCCUAACCACUUGCAGUGUUCUGUCUAGAUGGGAUGGGGACAAAAUUAAGAUAUAUGGGGAAAUAGGAGUUUAAGGAUUGUAAAGUUAGCAUGGGUAUUUGUGUAAAAACCAAUGAUUGAGUUGAGAUGAAGCAAUUUGCAGUAUGUUAAAGAGGUGACGAAUAAUGCAACAUUAUUAUCGCUAUUUGACUUCUAAGUUUAGUGAGUAUAGUUAGCGUUAAAAGGCCUUAAUUUUCAUUAUUGUUGAAGGUACGUUUUACUUAGGCUAUCCAUUUAGUGUAGUGUUUUAACACAACAGUACUGUGAAAAGCAUUUCAAUACAUAUUCACAAGCAAAUUACUGCACAUUUAAAAAAAUUGUCCUCUUUAAGUGGUAUUUUAAAUUUGGUAAUGAAUUAAGAAAUUCCUUUUUGACUUCAAGUGAUUGUAUUGUUACUUUAAAUAAUUGAUAAUACUUUAGGAAGGUUUUGAGUUAGAUUAAAUCUUUAUUUUGCUAGCAUCUAGUAAGAGGGAAAAAUAAGACUCAUGCAACUAAACACAUUAAAAUACACUUUAUAAGAAAUUUAAAAAUUGUUCAACUUUGACAUAAUUGAGGUUAAAUUUUGGCCUGGUGUUCACUUACAGUAUAUAAUAACAAGUGAAAUAGUCUUAAGUAUGAUGUAUGAUGUGUGCACAAAGACACUUUACUAUGGGAGCUGUACUGGAAGACUUACGAAAGCAUGUGAAAUUGCACCUAAAUUGUGUUAUUAGUGACUAUGCUAGAUGUAUUGUACUUGAAUGAAUGUAUUUAGUCUAGUCAGAGUUACUUUGUGUUAAGUGUCUAAUGUUUCUUUUUUAAAAAAUACAUGUUUGUAAUUUGUACAACUGGGGGAUAUUCGUGGACUGCAGGGGUUAUUGUCAAUGUGUGAUUUGUGUUUUUAUUUUAUAGAAUCAUCUAAUGUGAUACACCAAUUUUUAUAAGUGAUAUUUAGAUAAUUCUAAUAACUGUAUAUUUGACACCCUAUUAAAAUGUUUUGCAUUGGA